CACCUAUAUUUUCAUUUAAUUGCGAGGGGACAGACCCCGAGCCCCGCCGAGGCCGCCCAGAGGUCGUGUGGCGCACAUGGCACGGCGGCCGACUGCGCAUGGCAAGUGGCGAGUGGCAACUGGCAGUGUUUACUCCCGCCGCAUGUCCUUCCUUACCUCCGUCACGUAGCACUUUGUUUUUGUUUUCACUGCCUUUCCUUAUUCAUAAAGCAUGUCGAAUAAGUACCCGGUGCAGGACAGGAUGCGGGAGAUGUCGAAGCAGGAGGAGAUCCUGCUGAAGAGGAAGCGAGAGAUCGAGAGGAAGAUGAAGGAGCAGAAGCAGGCGGAGGCGAAGGCGAGCAGGACGCCCCCGCUGCCCAAAGUGCCAGCGCCUGCCACGACCUCAGCCUCGGUCACGUCUCUGAGUGUCCCCAGAUCUUCCUCAGUUCCAAACAAGUUCAGCAUGAUGGGAGUUUUUUUGAGCAAUUCAAAAAGAUGUCAGGGCAGCAGACAGUAGGAAUUAAGGAGGAAGGAGACUCGUCUGUGAAGUUCAAAAGUUCCUUACCAUUGUCAACAAAGUCCAAAGCAUUAAACCAAGUCCCCCCACCUAAGCAGUUCCAUCCAGCCAUUUUUUCUCCCGAGAAAAAAAG